UUUUCGCUUUGUCCCUGCGAUCCUUGCGUCGCACGCAGUAUGGCGCAGCUAGCUGGGUCGGAAGAGAUCGAAUCGCUGAGAAUCGAACUGUCGGAGAUCGGAAGAAGCUUCAGGUCGUCCCUUCGCGGCCACGCCGCCGGUUCCCGAGGCGCCGGCAGCAGCUCGGGUUUCAUCUCCGUGAAAGACGGUGAUCUUGACGACGACCAUGAAGCUCGUGGGUUACAGUGGGCUGAGAUCGAACGGCUGCCGACCUUUAAACGGCUCCGGUCGUCCCUGUUUGACGUCGAUCAAGGCGGAACCGACGGCGGCGCCGGUGACGCGAAAGGAAAACGGGUGGUUGAUGUCACCAAGCUGGGUGCCCAGGAACGCCAUCUCUUCGUCGAGAAACUGAUCAGGCACAUUGAGAACGAUAAUCUCCGGUUGUUGCAGAAGCUGAGAAGGAGAACCGACAAGGUGGGGGUGAAAUUACCGACCGUGGAAGUGAGAUACAGCAAUCUGAGAGUGGAGGCUGAAUGCCGGGUGGUUCACGGCAAGCCCCUUCCAACUCUCUGGAAUUCUCUCAAAACUAUGCUUUCUGAUUGUGUCAGGCUGCCGGGUUUACGUUCAGAAGAAGCCAAGAUUACCAUUCUUAAUGACGUCAAUGGGAUAAUUCAGCCUGGAAGGAUGACACUACUGCUUGGCCCUCCGGGCUGUGGAAAGACUACCCUAUUGAAAGCACUUUCUGGGAAUUUAAGCAAAUCUCUCAAGGUCGAAGGGGAGAUUUCUUACAACGGUUAUAAACUGGAAGAGUUUAUUCCCCAGAAAACUUCAGCUUAUAUAGGCCAAAACGAUCAACACAUUCCUGAGAUCACCGUGAGGGAGACACUUGAUUUUUCAGCUCGCUGUCAAGGCGUUGGAAGAUGGGCAGAGAUCAUGAUGGAGGUCAGCAGAAGGGAGAAACAGGCAGGAAUAGUCCCAGACCCAGACAUAGAUACUUACAUGAAGGCAAUUUCUGUUGGAGGACAAAAGACAACUCUCCAGACAGACUACAUUCUAAAAAUUCUGGGACUCGAUAUCUGUGCUGACACAAUGGUUGGGGAUGCCAUGAGAAGAGGCAUCUCUGGUGGCCAAAAGAAAAGAUUGACCACGGGAGAGAUGAUUGUCGGACCCACAAGAGCUCUAUUCAUGGAUGAAAUAUCAAAUGGCUUGGACAGUUCCACCACAUAUCAGAUUGUUGCUUGUCUUCAACAGCUUGCACAUAUCACAGAUGCCACAAUAUUCGUGGCACUUCUUCAGCCAGACCCGGAAACCUUUGAUCUCUUUGAUGAUAUUGUGUUGAUGGCAGAAGGGAAAGUUGUAUAUCAUGGACCCAAGUGUCAUGUUCUAGAAUUCUUUGAGGACUGUGGAUUUAGGUGUCCUGAAAGGAAAGGGGUGGCUGAUUUCCUUCAGGAAGUUUUGUCAAAAAAAGAUCAAGCACAGUAUUGGCAUCGAGCUGAACGGAAUCAUAGUUACAUUUCUGUCGAUAUGUUAUCUAGGAAAUUCGAGGAAUAUCCUCUUGCGAAGAAACUAAACGAGGACCUCUCAAAGCCAUUCAUGAAGUCUCAGAGCCACUCGGAAGCAAUUUCUUUUGAAAUCUACUCCCUUUCUAAGUGGGCACUCUUUAGAGCCUGCAUGUCGAGGGAAUUCCUUCUCAUGAGAAGAAAUUCUUUCAUUUAUGUAUUUAAGUCAUGCCAGCUUGUCGUCAUUGGAUUUAUCACCAUGACUGUAUUUCUGCGAACUCGGAUGGAUGUUGAUGUUAUCCAUGCAAACUUUUUCCUGGGUGCUUUAUUCUUUUCCCUCCUCAUUCUUUUUUUUGACGGAUUUCCAGAGUUGUCUAUGACAGUUGCAAGACUUGCAAUUUUCUAUAAACAGAGAGAGUUGUACUACUACCCAGCUUGGGCAUAUGCAAUUCCAGCUGCCAUUCUCAAGGUUCCCAUUUCACUGUUGGGAGCUCUAAUUUGGACAUCUCUAACUUAUUAUGUGAUAGGAUACAGUCCUGAUGCUGGAAGGUUCUUUCGCCAGUUCAUUAUACUUUUUGCUGUUCACUUGGCUGCAAUAUCCAUGUUCCGUUUCUUGGCAUCAGUCUUUCGAACAAUGGUUGCUUCUACAACAGCUGGCACCUUGUUGAUAGUGUUUGUAUUACUGUUUAGUGGCUUCAUUAUCCCAAAACCUUCUAUGCCAAAUUGGUUGAAGUGGGGAUUUUGGGUUUCCCCCCUGACAUAUGGCGAGGUGGGCGUUGCUUUAAAUGAAUUUCUUGAUGCAAGAUGGCAGAAAACACUGCCUGCAAAUACAACAAUAAGGCAAGUAAUACUUGAAAGCCGUGGAUUACAAUUCAAAGGGCACUUCUUCUGGAUAUCACUUGGUGCCUUAUUUGGGUUUACAAUAAUAUUCAACAUCGGUUUUACCUUGGCAUUAACAUUUUUAAAGCCUCCUGGUUCCCGAGCUAUUAUUUCAAGGGAAAAGCUGUCUCAAGUACAAGGAAGUCAUGAUCAUGGUUCCACUAAUGGAACCCAUGCAGAAGCCAAGUCCAGGAAUUCUCCUCCUGAGUCUAUCAUAGAACCUCAUAAAGGACGAAUGGUUUUACCUUUUGAACCAUUAACGUGUGUGUUCCAAGAUGUCCAGUACUAUAUUGAUACACCUCUGGAAAUGAAAGAAAGAGGUUUCACUCAGAAGAAACUCCAACUUCUUUGUGAUAUUAUGGGUGCAUUAAGGCCCGGUGUUCUUACAGCGUUGAUGGGUGUUAGUGGAGCUGGGAAGACAACUCUUCUGGAUGUUCUUUCUGGAAGAAAAACUAGUGGCAUUGUUGAAGGAGAAAUUAGAAUUGGAGGGUUUCCCAAGGUUCAAGAGACGUUUGCUAGGAUUUCAGGUUACUGUGAGCAAACAGACAUACACUCUCCAUAUAUUACUGUGGAAGAGUCAAUCAUUUUUUCUGCCUGGCUGCGUCUGCAUCCUCAAAUUGACUCAAAAACUAAAUUGGAUUUUGUGAAAGAAGUACUUGAGACCAUAGAGCUUGAUGAAGUCAAAGAUUCCUUGGUUGGCAUACCUGGUGUCAGUGGCUUAUCAACUGAACAGCGAAAGCGGCUCACAAUAGCUGUGGAGCUUGUUGCUAACCCUUCUAUUAUUUUCAUGGAUGAACCUACAACUGGAUUGGAUGCAAGAUCAGCUGCUAUAGUUAUGCGGGCAGUGAAGAAUGUCGCUGAUACAGGAAGAACAAUUGUUUGCACCAUUCACCAACCAAGCAUUGACAUAUUUGAAGCAUUUGAUGAGUUAAUUCUGUUGAAAGUUGGGGGCCGUGUUAUCUACUCCGGAGCACUGGGCCAUCAUUCAGCAAAUGUCAUCAAAUAUUUUGAGGAUAUUCCAGGGGUGCCUAAAAUUAGAGAUAAUUACAAUCCAGCAGCAUGGAUGCUAGAGGUUACGUCUGUAUCUGCAGAAGCUGAGCUUGGUGUUGAUUUUGCACAAGUCUAUAAGAAUUCAGACUUGUAUCGGAACAAUAAAGAGCUCGUAAAGAGUUUGAGUACUCCUCCCCCAGGUUCAGAAGUGUUGCAUUUCCUCACCCGGUAUUCACAAAAUGGUUGGAGACAGUUCAAGUCCUGUCUCUGGAAACAGAACUUGUCUUACUGGCGAAGUCCUUCAUACAACUUGAUGCGGUCCCUAUACCUGCUUAUUACAUCUUUGGUCUUUGGAGUACUAUUUUGGGAUCAAGGGAGGAAAAUACAUAACCAGCAGAGUCUUUUCAUUGUUUUUGGUUCCAUGUUCACUGCUGUAAUCUUUUUGGGCAUAAACAACUGCUCAUCAAUCUUGCCCUACAUUUCCAUGGAGCGAUCUGUCCUUUACCGGGAAAGGUUUGCAGGGAUGUAUGGUCCAUGGGCCUAUGCCCUUGCUCAGGUUGUCAUUGAGAUCCCAUAUAUCCUUGCACAAACAGUUACAUUUUUGAUCAUUUCCUAUCCAAUGAUCGGGUUCUAUUGGUCUGCUCAUAAGGUUUUCUGGUACUUCUAUGCGAUGUUUUGCACAUUACUGUGCUUCACUUACCUGGGGAUGCUGCUUGUCGCAAUUACGCCAAGCUUUCCAGUGGCUGCAAUUCUACAAUCAGCCUUCUACACAAUGUUUAACCUGUUUGCAGGGUUCUUCAUUCCCCGACCGAAAAUUCCCAAGUGGUGGCUAUGGAUGUACUAUCUCACUCCUACAUCUUGGACACUAAAUGGGAUGCUGACCUCUCAGUAUGGGGACAUAGACAAGGAGAUUUUGGUGUUUGGAGAGACCCAAACUGUGGCCUCCUUUGUGAGAGAUUACUUUGGAUUUCAUCAUGAUCAAUUACCUCUAGUUGGGGUGGUUCUGUUUAUGUACCCCAUUGUUCUUGCUUCUUUGUUUGCCUACUGCAUAGGCAAGCUAAACUUCCAGAGGAGGUAAUUAAAUAUGUUGUAAACAAAAAUUUGAUUUAAUUCAGUGAGUUUUAUAUUGUUGUUUAAUAUAA